CUCUCUCCACUUUCUGCGCAUGCGCAGCUGAUCCAAUCAAUUAUCAUCAAGAUUUUCUCUAUCGCGUGCAUUACUACAUGUCAACUAAAAGAGGACGACAGCCAACGGCUGAUACUGCAGAAGAAGCACCAACAAGUAGUAGCACAGCGCCGCCAGCGACCAAAAGAAACAAAAAGGCAACCGCUCAACAACAACAACAACAACAACAAGAGCAAACACUGCCACCAGCACUCGACCGUUUGCAAGACGUGUUUGGACGAUUAAACACGUUUUGUGCAUUCUGUGACGCACGGCUCACCACUGCUCUGACAUGGCGUCGAAUUCAGUCUGCAGUUCCAAAUGUCACCCUUGACGAUUUGGCCGCCAUUAACGUCGUUUUGCCAGACUUCGUUACACUAACGUAUGAAGACGACGAGUCGUCCAAACAACCCGUGCUUGAAGUGCAGUUUGGCAGAUUGGUCAGCAAGCGUGCUGCGCGUGAAAAACAGACGGCAGCGCUUCAGAAUAGAGGCGACGACUGGGAUUUCCGCAGGAAAAAAACGCCCGAGAUCAAGCCUGAUCAGAUCCAAAAGACCGUGCAUACCAGAAACCGUCGUUUCCAACAAGGUUUGGCCAAGUUUGUGGUUGCUUGUCGCAAGAAGGGACUUGACCCUGAGGCACAUCUCGAGGCAAAAUUGAAACAAGAUCUUUCUCAACAACAACAACAACAACAACGAGAUAAUAAUGAUGGCAGUACUGACCAGCAGCAGCAGCAGCAGCAGCAGCAUCAGCAACAACUAGCUUCUCUUUCUGAAGCAAGAUCCAUGCAUGAAAUUAUUGGUUACAUGCAGGCUCAAAAGUUCUACCGUGGCCAGUUAUCGAACAGAGAAUGUCAGCGCGGUUUUCCUGAAAAAGUGGCGCGGUUUGGCGUGCUUGAUCCUCCUGUUGCUGACGAAAUUGCACAGGCAUUAGAGCAAAAAGGAAUCACAGAGCUGUACACACAUCAAACUGAAGCUAUACAAGGAUUGAGGAACAAGCAGCAUGUCAUCGUUGCCACAUCGACAGCUAGUGGCAAGUCUCUGAUCUAUCAAAUACCCGUUCUUGAGAAACUGCUUCAGGAUAGUACAGCCCGUGCCAUGUAUAUUUUCCCCACCAAAGCCUUGGCUCAGGAUCAAAUGAGAGCUUUGCAAGAGUUUAUCCAGUACUGUCCCCGUCUAUCGAAUAUCAAGGUGUCAACAUUUGACGGUGACACGCCCUCGGACCAACGCAUGCAUAUUCGAAGCACUGCUAGUGUCAUUUUCACAAAUCCUGACAUGCUUCAUCAUUCGAUUCUACCCAAUGUCAAACAGUGGCAAUGGUUCUUGACGGCUUUAAAGUUUGUUGUCGUUGAUGAAUUGCACAUAUACAAUGGCCUUUUUGGGACAAACGUAGCACUCAUUAUGCGACGUUUACGACGCCUCUGUCGCCAUUUUGGUGAUGAUUCCGUCCAAUUUGUCUCCUGCAGUGCGACGAUCAGACAUCCCGAUCAGCACAUGAAGCUUGUAUUUGGAGUGGAUAACGUUAAACUGGUUGAUCAAGAUGGGGCACCAUGUGGUCGCAAGGAAUUCAUUGUAUGGAACCCGCCACUACUCAAUCCCGCAGAUCCACAUUCUGGCCGAAGAGGUGCUGUAGCUGAAGGCGCUGAUAUUUUUGAAUAUCUCCUUUCACACAAUGUACGAACAAUCGCAUUUUGCAAGAUCCGAAAAACAUGCGAAAUGCUAAUGAAGCAGUUACGAGAAAGCCUGGAAAAGCAAAAGAGAUUGGAUAUCUUAAAAAAGGUCAUGUCCUAUCGUGGUGGAUACAUGCCUCACGAACGGCGCAAAAUUGAGCAACAGAUGUUUAGCGGUGAUUUACUGGGUGUCGUUGCCACAAAUGCGCUAGAACUCGGUGUAGACAUUGGUUCACUAGAUGCAGUCCUUAUGGUUGGAAUGCCGUGGUCCCAGUCUGCAAUGUGGCAACAAUCUGGGCGUGCGGGACGACGGAAUACAGACUCACUCUCUAUGGUGAUAGCAGACAAUAAUCCAAUGGAUCAAUUUUAUGCACGUCAUUCGGCAGAGCUGUUCGAAAAGCCAUUGGAUGACAUUCAAUUCGAAGUAGAAAACAAUCUUUUAAUUCUAGAAAACCAUCUUCAAUGUGCUGCUGAAGAGCUUCCUAUUGAUAUUGAGACAGAUCAAGUGUAUUUUGGACCACGGAUACAAGAAGUCUGUGAACAGCACCUUGCAUCGAUUGGCAACAAGAAAUAUCGGCCACAUCCUCGGUUCCGCCCUUAUCCAGCACAAUUUGUAAACAUCCGAAAUAUCACCGAAGAAAUUUAUGCUGUCAUUGAUGUAACCGGCGGUCGUGAUGUAGUUCUAGAAGAGAUCGAAGCGAGUCGUGUUCCUUUUGAAAUCUAUGAAGGAGCUAUAUUCAUUCAUCAAGGCAAACCAUAUCUCGUCGAAGAAUGUAAUGUGGAGAAGCGUUAUGCCAAGGUGCAUUUGACACGUGUCGACUGGACUACACAGCAACGUGACUAUACCAAUGUGAACGUCAUUAAUACUACCAUGUCCAAAUCCAUCGGUUCUCGCGAGAAUCGACGUAAUACGGUCGCAUACGGAAAAGUCUCAAUCGAGACAGUAGUCUUUGGUUACUACAAAAUGGAUAAACGCAAUCGAAUCAUGGAUAGCUUGGAAGUGUAUAUGGACCCAAUCUUACGCGACUCAACAGGAAUAUGGGCAGAUGUCAAUUCCACCGCCUUGGCAAAAUUAGAAGAAUUAGAUAUUGACAGGAUGGCAUCCAUUCACGGUGCAGCACAUGCCCUGAUAUCAUUGUUGCCAAGUUUUACCUCAUCCACCAAUGUUGAUGUCCGCACAGAGUGCAAAAGCCCCUAUGCAACACGACCGCGACCGCCAAGGAUCGCAUUAUAUGAGACGCAACCAAGUGGUAUCAUCCGCCAAGCAUACCACUUUUUUAGUGACUUAGUCAACAUGUCUGUGGAGCAACUUCAAAACUGUGAAUGCGAAAGUGGAUGUCCUUCGUGUGUGCAUUUGGCUUCUUGCUCGGAGCACAAUGUUUUAUGCUCCAAACUUGGAGCUCUUGUGGUCCUCAGAUCUUUGUUGGAUAUGGAUAUUCAAAAUGUCGAAACCAACAUUAACAAUACUGAUAUUAAUCAACAUGUAACGUCACAGGAUCCUCUCAUCAAUAGCAUUUAA